UUUGAUUUCAUCAGUCCGUUGAAAAAUACAAUUUGUGAUAGUGUAUGUAAUAUCGAAAUACGUUAAAAAUGAAGUCCGCUAAAUCUAAACAAAGGUUAAACGAUAUGCGAACGCCGGCUAGGAGUAAACAAAAUCUAAUCGGUGAGCGAGAUCCCGUACAAGUGUAUUGCCGACUGCGGCCUAUGCAAAGAGACUCCGAUUCACCAUGUAUGAAGAUAAUAUCGCCUACUACGGUGCUUCUAACGCCUCCCGCAACAGCUCUAAGCUACAGAAACGAGAAUGCGAAGACUAUGAAGUACACUUUCAAAGAGGUAUUCCCGCCAGAAACGAACCAACAAGAAGUAUUCGACAAAGUCGCUUUACCCAUCGUUGAAGGACUUAUCAAAGGUAAAAAUGGCUUAUUAUUUACAUACGGCGUCACAGGCAGUGGCAAAACAUUCACAAUGACCGGUGAGCCUCAAAAUUGCGGUAUUUUACCAAGAUGUUUGAAUAUUAUUUUCAAAACUAUAAACGACUUUCAAGCACACAAAUAUAUCUUCAAACCUGAUAAAAUGAACAUGUUCGAUAUUCAAACUGAGGCUGAAGCCAUGUUGGAACGACAACAGGAACUCCACAAAUUCAAAACUGGAAGGAAAAAUAAUUCAAAUCCAGAUCUUGCCAUGUCUUCCUCUGAUAUCACUAAGAUCGAAGGGAUUAAUGAAGACAACCAAUAUGCAGUGUUUGUGACCUAUGUUGAGAUAUACAACAACAGUGUCUUUGAUUUACUUGAAGAUGGACCUCCGAUAAGUAAGAACUUACCUGUUAAAAUCAUCCGUGAAGAUGCAGCUCACAAUAUGUAUGUCCAUGGAGUGACUGAAGUAGAAAUCAAGUCUGCAGAGGAAGCUUUUGAAGCUUUCUACCUUGGUUUAAAGAGAAAACGGAUGGCACACACAUCUUUGAAUGCAGAAUCUAGUAGAAGUCAUUCUGUAUUCACAAUCCGAUUAGUGCAGGCACCAGUAGAUGAAAUGGGAGAAGCUGUUAUACAAAAUAAGAAGUUCUUAAACAUUAGUCAGCUGAGUUUAGUUGAUUUAGCUGGCAGUGAACGCACAAACCGCACUAAGAAUACAGGCCAACGUCUUCGAGAAGCCGGUAACAUCAAUAAAUCUCUCAUGACUCUACGAACAUGUCUAGAGGCAUUGAGAGAGAAUCAGAUAAGUGGUACUAACAAUAUGGUGCCUUACAGAGAGUCGAAAAUCACACAUUUAUUCAAGAAUUUCUUUGAAGGAGAAGGCCAAGUGCGUAUGGUUGUGUGCGCUAACCCUAGAGCUGAAGAUUACGAUGAGACUCUUCAAGUUAUGAGGUUUGCAGAGAUGGCUGCGGAGGUUGAAGUGGCCAAACCUCAAAUUAUUGACGUAGCGGCGAACAUGGGUCUAACAACAGGCCGUCGCAAGGCCAACAGGCUAUUCACUACAGCCCGAGACAAUUUAUCAAGGCCAGAAGCUAAAGAAUUGGAAAUGGACUUAGGUCUGGUUUACAGUCUUGGACCAGAUUUCCCGAGCAUAGAAUUAAACAGUUCUCAGGCUGCUCACAUUAUAAAGGAAUUGAUGGCACACUUGGAAAUGAGGAUCAGUCGGCGAGAAGCUCUGAAACGCAGCAAAGCUAUUAAAGAUGAACGCCUGAGAUCUGCUCUUUUGGACCUUGAAAAGGAUUCUCUAGAAGUCAGGAGCGAAAACGCUUCUUUGAGAGGUCAGUUAGCGGCAGCAGAACGCAGGGUUCGAGCGCUGGAAGAACGCCUUACAGCCACUGAGAACGCAUCCCUCACUCACCAAAGAAAACUGUCAGAAAUGACUGAAUACACUUCUGCAUUAAAGCGAGAGUUACAAGAAAAAGAACUACUACUCAGUCAAAACAAAUUCGAUAAAGAGAAACAGAAGAAGAUUCUAGAAAGGAAAUACAACCACAAAAUCGCGGCGGAACAUGAGAAAGCAAAAGAAAUAAAUUCCGAGAAGGAAAGAUUGAAGAAUGCUAUAGAAGAGAAGGAGAAUAGACUGAGAAUCAUAGCGGAAGCUUUGAACCGAGGGGAUAACGAUGGAUUUAAUAAGAUUACAGGAGAAAUGGGUGCACAGACGAGUAACAGAGACUUCACUCCAGGAUCUACUCCUAGAGCUUUACCAGCACAUUUAUUAACUCCGUUCAGCUCUGUGGCUCACACUCAAACUCAACGUGACACUCCAGCUUCAUCUCGUCGUGGUGUCGCCAUAGCCAACCCUCGUCAUCGCCGAUCACUCUCAGCAGACGGCCGAGGCUGGGUAGAACAUGCGCCAAACAAAAUAGUUCCAAUGGGCACUGUUAUGAAGCCAAGCAUCAUCAACAGUAAAGUUGUAAACAAACUAACAAGCGUGAAGGACAUUGCUAACUCAAGGACAUCGAAAUAUUGUCUCAUUUCCCAAGAACAGGAUACCGAUGGGGAAUUGGAGACCAAGUUGUAUAAAGGAGAUGUGGUGCCAACUUGCGGUGGUGGUGCACAAGUGAUCUUUAAUGAUGUUGAGAUGUUAAAACAGUUUUCUCCCACUAGAGAGUCGACUCAUUCCAAUCGUGUCUCCGGGACAUCGUGCGCAAGGCAUUCUGGCAAGAGAAGGGAUACUACUCACUCUCCGCCCCAAACACCAUCAAAUACAAGCAAAAAGCAAAGGAUUGAUGAUGACUGAUGAUCCGUAAAAUGGUAAGAAUCUUGUAUCCAUUAUAUAUUUUCGGCUUUUG